GUAUUAAUAACAAAGACAGUUUUGAUAACAGAUUAUCUUUUUAAAAAAUAAAAGAAACAUUUCGCAUAUAAAAGCCAAACUGAAACAACCUGAAAGUAUAGUCCUCCAGCAGCGUUUCAACAUGAAGGUAUUCGUAGUUCUCCUUGCUGUGGUAGCAGCCGUUUUGGCUGAUUCCGAAAGCUAUGAAGCCGCCUACUACCCGUCCGAACCGGCCGUAGUAGACACCAACCCCGGAUUAAGAGUAGUCAACGGUCAAAACGCCAACAGGGGACAAUUCCCUUACCAAAUCUCCUUACAAAGGCGCGUUUUGGUCAGUUUCAGCCACAUCUGCGGAGGUUCCAUCAUCGCCCCCAGAUGGGUAUUGACCGCCGCCCAUUGUACCCAAGCCCAAGCAUCUACCAUGAGGGUCGUAGCUGGAAUCUUGCUCCAGAGUGACACCAACGGUCAAGCCGUCAACGUUGCCGAAGUUAUCAAUCAUCCAUUGUACCCAGGCGGUUCCGAAGUGGCUCCCAAUGACAUCUCUCUGCUUCGCCUAGCUGCUAAUUUGGUCUACAACGCCAAUGUGCAACCCAUCAGGAUUCCUGCUGCUAAUGUACGCGCUCGUGGUGAUGUGGUACUCUCUGGAUGGGGAUUGACCCGUACUGGAGGUUCUAUUCCAAACAAUCUACAGUUCGUUAAUGUGCCAAUUGUGGAACAACCUGAAUGCAGGAGGCAGUUGGACCAAUUCUUGGCACGCAACCCCUUGGACAACAACUUAAACAUCUGCUCCGGAAUCCGUAAUGGAGGUGAAUCCGCCUGCAACGGUGACAGUGGCGGCCCAUUGGCUCAAAAUGGCGUCGUCCAUGGAAUCGUUUCCUGGGGUCUCGUCCCAUGUGGACAGCGUAACACCCCAUCAGUCUACGCUAAGGUGGCUGCUUAUGCCAACUGGAUCGUCGCCAACACUAACGGAGAAGUUAGACCAUGAACUGAAUAAGGGAUAUUUUCUUAAUGCUUAUGUUUUAAUAAAGAACCUUUGAAUAUA